CUUACCAGCAAAAUAUUUUUAUCUAAUAGCAUCUUUAAUGCAAUCUGGGUCCCAAAAUGCUUUCUGAAAAUAUUUAACACAAGACAGCUUAUGGCAUACAGAACAGAGUCCAGUGAUAAAUAAACACUGUAUGGCAAACAACAGAAAGCAUUCAAUCAUAAGACCAGCUGAGGGUCCUAUUGAAUUCUGCCCAACCAUUCGGCGCCAUCAUGAUUUCGAUGCAGAACGGGAUGCCAAGAAACUACAAAAAGCUUGCAAAGGGAUGGGAACAGAUGAAACGGCAAUUAUUGAAAUCCUAUCAAAUCGAUCAUCAGACCAGAGGCAACAAGUAAAACAGAACUACAAGACCAUGUAUGGCAAGGAUUUGGAAGAGGUACUGAAAGGAGAACUAAGUGGGAAUUUUGAAAAGACAGCCUUGGCUCUGUUGGAUCGUCCAUGUGAAUAUGAUGCCAGAGAGCUUCGGAAAGCAAUGAAAGGCGCAGGAACUGAUGAAUCGGUGCUGAUUGAGAUUCUUUGCACCAGGGUCAAUAAGCAAAUUGUAGACAUAAAGGAUGCAUACAGAAGGCUCUUUGAGCGGGAUCUAGAAUCUGAUGUAAAAAGUGACACAAGUGGCUCCCUACGGAAGAUUCUGGUUUCUGUGCUACAGGCUAACCGAGAUGAAGGGCUGGAGAUCAAUGCAGCGCUCGCUGAGCAAGAUGCCAAAGACCUGUAUGAAGCAGGGGAAGGCUGCUGGGGAACAGACGAAUUGGUUUUCAAUGUUGUCUUAGCAAAGAGAAACUACAUGCAGCUAAGAGCUACCUUUCAAGCUUAUGAAAAGCUGAAGGGGAAAGACAUCGAAGAUGCCAUUAAAAGUGAAACAUCUGGAGAUUUGGAGAAGGCCUUUCUCACUCUUGUGAGAUGUGCCAGAGAUUGCCAAGGCUACUUUGCCACCCGUCUGUAUGAGGCAAUGAAGGGUGCAGGGACAGAGGAGGAGACUUUGAUUCGCAUCCUCGUGACUCGGGCUGAGAUUGACCUUCAAACAAUAAAGGAGAAGUUCCAGAAAAUGUACAACAAGUCCUUAGUGGAGGCCAUCAAAUCAGACACCUCUGGGGACUUUAGAAAGCUGCUAGUGGCACUGCUACACUAAGACUGCUGUCACAAAGGGAGAGACAUGAGAAGAAGCCACCUUCUUGACCAGCUUCCAAGUAGCAUGCAAAAAAUGUGGCACUAGC